AUGGCGCAACUUUUUAGUAUAUGCCUACUAAUAGCAACAGUGGUCAAUGUUCACGGAUUUACGAAAUAUGGACGUGACUGCCGGGAUAUUUCAUGUGCUCCUGGUCAGCAGUGCAUUAUAUCCAGAGAGCCCUGUUCAGGAUCAAAUAAACUUGAAAACACUCAAUGCGGGAAGUAUCCCACAUGUGUAAUGCAAAACCAUUACUCCUCUACUUCAGGUAAAACCUUGGAGCGUGGAAAACGUCAGGCUAACCAGCAAGGAUAUGGAAUGGGUGGCAGUGGAAUGGGCCGGCCCAAUGGAAUGAAUAACGGAGGAAACGGUGGAAAUGGAAUGGGUGGUCAGUAUGGAAAUGGAAUGGGUGGACAGAACGGAAAUGGAAUGGGUGGUCAGUAUGGAAACGGAAUGGGUGGACAGAAUGGAAAUGGUAUGGGUGGCAAUGGAAUGAGAGGAAACGGAAUGGGGCCAGGUGGAAUGGGCGGUCGAGGAGGGAACGGCAAUGGAAUGGGACAAGGAGGAAUGGGUGGUAAUGGAAUGGGUCCCGGUGGUAUGGGCGGAAAUGGAAUGGGUGGCAGCGGAGGAUAUGGAAACGGUAUGGGUGGUAAUGGAAUGGGUCCAGGUGGGAUGGGCGGAAACGGAAUGGGUCCUGGAGGAAUGGGUGGUAAUGGAAUGGGAGGACAGGGCGGCUACAACGGUCGAGGGGGACAAAACGGAAUGGGUGGACCAAAUGGAAUGGGAGGUCGCAAUGGAAUGGGUGGACCAAAUGGAAUGGGAGGAUCAAUGGGUGGCGGUCCAAAUAGAAUGGGUGGACCACCCGGUGGGCAAAAUGGAAUAGGUGGACCACCAGGUGGUCCAAACGGAAUGGGACCAGGCAACUGGCAAGGCAAUAGCAAUGGAAAUGGAAAUAAUGGCAAUGGUAGUAAACGAUAUAGGGGCAAUAGCUCUAAUCAGAACUACAGCACUACUCCUACGACAACAACGGAUGGCUGGUAACUAGAAACAUGCAACGAGGAG